CCACCUGUAACCCCAGGCAAGGGACCCUUUUCAGGUACUACCAUUCCGGGUCAGAAUGGGCCUGGAACUGUGGGGGCAGGAUUCGUUCACUAUCCUGUGGUGCGCGUUACGCACCUCCACUACCCAAUAACAUCAUCGAACAGAAAAGUAAGUGGUCAAUCAUCUCUAUGUGAAAUUAAAACUACUUUACCACUAUUAUUUGUUUUGCUUUUAGUGAUUCCAGUACUGUAAUAUCCAUCCUGUAUUUAUCACGAUAACAAGAACAUGUAUUCUUUCGUUAAUUUUUUGCCGUUUAAAUGAAGAAAUUGUUUUUGUUCAAUUUUAUUAAUACACAAAUUCAUUGUCAGAUAUUUCUAAACAAACUAAAAUCGCUGAGAAAGAUACAGACGUAAGUAUUAUUUUGUUUAUAUUAGAUAUCCAAUGAUGCCAUUAUUGUUUGAUGUGGCUUGUGAUAUUAUUAUUUGGCUUUAUUUUUCAAAAUUAAUUUUACAGGACGAGUAUCAUUGGUAGAAAUGAAACAAUAAGCGAGCGGCUUGUUGUACUUCAAUUUCAGCAAACGGUUCUUCGUCUGUUCUCGCCAGUAGAAAUUAGAGUUGAGGAUGAUAGAGCUUCUCCAACACCGGCGAGAACGGAGAAAAGAAAAGUUUGCUGAAAUUGAAGUACAAAAAGCCGUUCGCCUACUGUUGCAUUUUUACAAAUGAUACUCGCCCUGUAAAAUUAAUUUUGAACAAUAUAUUGUUGAAAAUCAGGGUAUUGAUAUUAUUAAGUAAGUUACCCAAUGCAACAUUAAUCAGCCUUUAGUAUUUGAUAAAAAGAAAUUUCGUAUAACUGUAUUAGAAAAUGCAUCACCAUUAGCACAUUAUAAAAUAUUUUCAAUUGAUGUAAAUCAAGGUAAAAAUAGUGGUCGAAGAUUAAUUGAUAGGAUAUCAUUAGCACAUUCAUUAACACCAUUAUGUACAAAAAAAUGUAUAAAAUUAUGCAGUGCAAAACAAGAAUAA